GCAUUGGCAGGCUAGCCAUGAGGGUCACGAAACUUCGUUGUGGUAUGCGGAAGUAAGCAACAUAGGCACCUUGUGUUGUUAGCGAAAACCAUAACGUUUCCGGGAACCUGUGCUCGGACCCAUAAGGAAAAAUCAUCUAAAUUUGACUGUUUUUGACCAGUGCAACAAAUAUACCAUAUAUCAUCAUUUGACACUGUGCUGGAAAUUUGAAAAGCUGUUCUGGUUAGUGGUUUUAAUAAUUUUAUGCGAGUCUUUGAAGGGUCGUUUUGAGGUGAGAAAAGCGACAAGACGCGCCGAAACCGAUCAUGCCGAGAUUUUAGCAUGUUGACACAUCGAGUCGCCGGAAUCAUAGCGGUAGAAUAACCGCGAGUGACCCUCAGACGCGAGUGACACUAGCUAGCUGUGGGAAUCAACUGCAUGUACCCUGGUACACUGUAACUACACUGGCAUGGUUCCAGAAUGUCGAAAAGGAUUGGACUUGGUUCGUCAGAUUCCUAAACCAUCUGAAUAGACUUUUUACCUCAGAUUGGAUUUUCAACAUCAUUUUACUAACUAAACUAUUGGGACAGGACUUCUCUUCAAACUGCAGCACAAAACAUCAAAUGAUCCGAUCAGCUUUGCCAUAGAUUGGAUUAAUUUGGAAUUUAGAAAGGAAGAUUCAGACCAAUUACCUCUGUGAGUGGCACCACAAGAAUUUAUGUAGGGGUUCAUCUGAGCCUUCUGUUUCAUCCCCUUUCUUUGCCUAAAACUUUUUAAAGGAACAACCAAAGGAGUUAAAUCAGCCAACAUGGAUGGAAUUAGAAGAAAAGGGAAGAUAUUAAUGGGCAGCUCUGAUCUGAGUUUAGUGAUUUUUGAACAGAAAAGCUUGCACGAAACACAAUCCAAAGUCCUGCCAAAUCAAAAUAAAGUUUCAACAGCAUUAUUAAAAUGGUCUUAUACUGAAAGCAAUGCCAACAUACCAAACCUCUACUCCUGCUGGUCAGAUCUGGACCUUGCCAUUCAGACACUCGCACAAGAGAGUAUUGAUCAUAGUGUGGAGUACAGGAAGGUAUUUAAGGACAUCAACUUAGAGGGAAAGAAACUGAAUGAAAUCCAGAAGGAGAAAGAGAGCAGUGCAAAGAAAGUCUCAGGAAUCAAGAGACAGAUUGAGAGUGCUAAGAAAUCAAAAAAAGGCGCUGACAAAGUGAAACUUAGCAACUAUGAAGCUGAAUUAAUAUUGGCACAAAGUAAAGACACUGAGAUGGGAAAGGUACUCAUCACAAAAACAAAAGAACAUGAAGAUCAUAAGGCCAAUCUGCUCCAGGAAUCAUCGUUGACAUACUGUGACAAGUCUCUGGAGAUCUUAGACAAGCUUCGUCAAGUUAUUGUAGCCAAACGGGAGGUUGCGUCCAUGAUGACACCAAAGCCUGUCUACAAUGGUGACCAGAUCAAAGGAGAUGGAAUAAGCACUGUAGAGAAGGUAUUCCAGACGCUGGACAUGCAGCUUCCGGCGAGGGAGCCCGCCCUCGACAGGCGGAGAUGCUUUGGUCUGGGAAUGCGAUCCUCUGUUCUACAUUCCGCCUCUGAGAGCAUCCCCGUAGCUCAGAGCCCCAAGCAGUCCAAGAGUCUCCCCAGAGGGGCACCCCCCACCAUCCCAGGGAACUCCCCCUCCCUGCGGUCCGGCCAUACAGGUACUCUAGGCGGACACUCAUCCAGUGCGGUGUAUCAGGGUGCGGAGGAGCUUGGGCUAUCAGACGACUCUGAUGACGACCACGACUACCAGGUCCCAAACGAAGAGUACUUCGGCCAGAAGAAGAAGCAUGACAUUAGUAUGGACAGCCAAGAAGAAGAGUACCUAGCUCCGGAGUUCGCCAUCGAAUCUCCAACGAGCCCCAGGGUCCCGCCGAGGCAGGAAUCCAUGCAGUCCAGUCAGUCGUUCGAUUCCGGCCCCGGUACGAGUGAAAUUCCUGGUGACUACAUGGUAGUUGUCCAGGAUGAUUCAGAAGACCAGCCCAGGAUUCCACUGGGACUAGGCACCUCUCGCGGUUCUACAGACUCCAGCAACAGCAGUUCCAGCACUGGUCCAGGAAGACCUGGUCCUAUCAAGCUACCUCGCGUGCUACCCUCCUCCAACAGCGUGGACCUGGUAGAAGGAGAAGACUUCUGCUGGAGGGACAGGAAAAGUCCAGGACUAGUCCAGAAGAGCCAGGAACUGCCGGCUAAAAAAGAGAAGGAAGCAGUUCCAACGGAGAAGGAGACGGCCCUGAUGAAGAGGAAACCGCAACCGCUCCCCAAGCCGGCAGUGGAAGUGAAGCCCAAGCCUAAACCGAAACCGAGGCCUAGCCCCAACAUGUCUCCAGGUAUGAAGGACAAACCGAUGCCAUUACCAAGGUCAGGCAGCACCGAGCAAGAACCUCAUAAUGAAGACUCAGGUGGUCUUUAUGAGAUCAUGAGUGCAGCAGAUGCUCAAAAGAUACAGAUGAGUAAGAACGGUUUGCCAACGAUACCUUCGACCUAUGACCCGGAAGAAGGGACCAAUCAGUGUGGUGAUUACUACUCAGAAGUCUAUGAAAGAGACGAGGAAGGUUCAGACUCUGAUGGAGAUUAUUGUGUAGCAGAUUUCCACCACCUUAAGAUGGAUGAUUCAACUGCAGGUGACCAAGGAGGACAGCAGACCACAGCAGAGAAGGAGCACAAACUCCGUGCGGCCGUUAACAACAACCGCAUUUCAAGCGAGGUGAAGGACACGUUUACGGACGACGAGGAAGACGAUGAAGCGAUCUACUGUAAUGUUCCCAGCUAGUUUUGACAGGACGGGAGCAAUAUCCAAAGAAAUGUUAUAUUCAUGAGCUGUAUUGCAAAGAUUGAAGUUGGAACUCAGCUCCAAUCCCCCAUUCAUGAACCCUAGUUCCUGUUGACGACGUGUGGAGAUUUCUGAAACAAUUUUGUUCUGUAAUGAUUCCAGGGGGGUGUUUCACAUAGAUCCUAAGUUGAACUUAUCUCUAUGUUGGACUUAACAAUUAUGGAAAGCCGUUAGCAUCUUAGAAAAUAUUUGUUU